GUGGAAACUGAGCUGUCUUUUUUUUUUCCCUUGGUCUUCCCACAGCAAUUCCGAGCAUCCUGGCGCUUCCAAGCCUCCCUUAAGCUCCUCCAGCAUGACCUCACGAAUCCUGCUACGACAGCAGCUCAUGCGUGAGCAGAUGCAGGAGCAGGAGCGUCGGGAGCAGCAGCAGAAGCAGCAAGCAGCCCAGUUCAUGCAGCAGCGAGUACCUGUCAGCCAGACACCUGCCAUCAACGUCAGCGUGCCCACCAGCCUGCCCCCUGCCACCCAGGUGCCCAUGGAGGUCCUCAAGGUGCAGACUCACCUUGAGAAUCCAACCAAGUACCACAUUCAGCAGGCCCAGAGGCAGCAGGUAAAGCAGUACCUCUCUACCACUCUAGCAAAUAAACAUGCCAACCAAGCCCUGAGCUUGCCAUGUCCAAACCAGCCUGGGGAUCAUGUCAUGCCACCUGGAACUGGGAGCAGCGCACCCAACAGCCCAAUGGCUAUGCUCACCCUUAACUCCAACUGUGAGAAAGAGGGAUUUUAUAAAUUUGAAGAGCAAAGCAGGGUUGAGAGUGAGUGCCCGGCUCUGAAUACACACUCACGAGCAUCAUGCAUGCAGAUGGAUGAUGUGAUUGAUGACAUAAUUAGCCUGGAAUCAAGUUACAAUGAAGAAAUCCUUGGCUUGGUGGACCCAGCCCUGCAAAUGGCAAACACGUUGCCUGUGUCUGGCAAUUUGAUUGACCUUUAUGGCAACCAAAGCAUGCCUCCUCCAGGACUAAACAUCAGCAACUCAUGUCCAGCUAACCUGCCUAAUAUAAAAAGGGAGCUCACAGAGUCGGAAGCGAGAGCGUUGGCUAAGGAGAGGCAAAAGAAAGACAAUCACAACUUGAUUGAACGAAGAAGAAGAUUUAAUAUUAAUGAUCGUAUAAAAGAACUAGGCACUUUGAUACCCAAGUCAAAUGACCCGGAUAUGCGCUGGAAUAAGGGAACGAUUCUGAAAGCAUCGGUGGAUUAUAUCCGCAAGCUGCAGAGGGAGCAGCAGCGCACGAAGGAGCUGGAGAACAGGCAGAAGAAGUUGGAACAUGCCAACAGGCACCUGCUGCUCAGAAUACAGGAACUUGAGAUGCAAGCUCGGGCACAUGGACUGUCCCUUGUCCCAUCUACAGGCCUUUGCUCCCCAGAUAUGGUCAACAGGGUCAUCAAACAAGAGCCUGUGCUGGACAACUGCAGCCAAGACAUGAUGCCACACCACACAGACCUGUCUUGCACCACCACCCUCGACCUCACUGAUGGCACCAUCACCUUCAGUGACAACCUCGGAAACGUGACUGAACCAACUGGCACUUACAGUGUUCCUGCAAAAAUGGGAUCCAAACUGGAAGAUAUCUUGAUGGACGAUACCCUCUCCCCCGUUGGAGUAACUGACCCACUCCUUUCCUCUGUGUCUCCUGGGGCGUCGAAGACGAGUAGCAGGCGGAGCAGCGUGAGCAUGGAGGACACCGAUCAUGCUUGUUAGCAUAUACUUGGCACAUCUUUCAUAAACUGCUUUGGUUCUUGAUCAGUAGAUGAAAUAAUUUACCUUUUGUAGAAUUUUUUUGAUUUUUUUUUUUUUUCCCCUCGUGCUUCAUCAGUGUGCGUGCGUGUGUGUGUGUACAUAUUAUAUAUAUAGGAUUUUUUUUAGAAUUUUUGUGAAGAAACUUGUAUAUUCUAUUUUAAAACUACCAAUGCCUCCAAAAUAUUGUACAGCAUAUGUACAGUAUCUGUGAACUGGAUUCGCCAAGAACUUUUGAACUGGUCAAAUCUACUCAAAGCAAUAGAAUUACAGAUGAAGAGUCUGUUUCUACUUGGGGAGGGGAGGGAGAGGGCAAUCGUAGGAUUGUAAAUGCAACCUAUUUACCUGGAAACAAAAUGUAAAGUUAAAGAAUGUAAAGAAACAAAAAAAAAAAAAAAAAAAAAAGAAAAAAAAAGUCCAAUUUGUAAUUGUAUUAAUUGAAUAGUGCUGCCUUAAAGAUACAGUGUCCCUCAGAUGUUGGUCUUACAUGACAAGUGUUUAGGGGAAAAAAAUCCCCACCCUACUCCACUCGGAAUACAAACAAAAACCAAGUGUUAAGACAUCUUGAUUGUGCUGAUUGUGAUACAAAAUGCUGUUGCUGAAACUGCAGGAAGAUGUGAGUGUCUCAGAGUGUUGUUUAAUUUUCCUCUGAGCUGAUUGGGGUUUUCCUUUUGAUCACGGUUCGAGUUUUUCCUCUUAGGUUUUCAUUUUGUUUAGUGGCACACAUCGAUGGCUUUGCCAACAGCAAAACCAAGCAGGAACGCUGUAAGUUGGGAUACACUCUUUGGACAAAAAAAAAAAAAAAGAUGCAUUUUAUCAGCUGGGCACAUUAUGUUGUACAUAUCUAAUUGGCUUUAUUUUUUUUUUUUUAAAUUGCAUUGUACAGUUUCUUUUGAUUUGCAUGGAUUCCUUAGUUACCCUCGACUUCUUUUUUUUUUCUGUUUUAAAUUUAUUUGUAUUUCAUUUGUAAGAUUUUUUGCCUCUUAAUAUUGCAACAAUUUUUUGACAUUUUUAAAACUCAUUGGAAGUUUUCUGCGUUCUUUGUAAACACUUGAAAGGAAGCUUUUAUGCAGGGUUCUGUGUUUUAAGAGAGAUUUUGAGAAUAUUUUGUAUAUUACAGUCUCACUUUGAAAAUGUUUUUAAACGCAUUUAAGGUAGAGUAAAAAUUUAGAUUAGGUAAUAAAACAACUCUGUAGAGAAACUGAACUUACAUAUUUAUUUUUAGUGAUACAGAAAAAAAAAAAAAAGUAGUAAUAUGCUUGGAAACAUAACUAUGUAGUUACUAUACCCGUUAGAGCAAUUUGUGUUCUAUUUCAGCACUGGGGCUGACAU